UUCAAAUAAGAUUUUAAAAUAAUCAUAAUAAUAAAUUCCCAUUCUGAUGGCUGACGGUUCUUCACCUCACUCUCAACCUUUAUCACUACUAGCAGGAGAUAAAGUUAAAGAUGCAAAUCAAGAUGAUCGGUGUAGGGAAACUGAACUCUUCGAGGACACCUUGGCACUCAAUAAUCAUUUCACUGAAAUGGAGCUUGAAUAUCUCAAUCUGAACACUGAGAUUGUAGAGGAUUCAGACCCUGCAGAAAAUGUGACAACCAACCCAGUAUGUGAGUACGAACAAGAAGUGGUGCUUGAUAGUGAGGACGAAGAAAUGAAUAAUAGAGAUGCAGCAACUGUUGCCAAAGGAUUUAUUGAGGAUGAAACUAGUCCAACAGUGAAAAAUCCUUUGAUGCUCCAGAAGAGGCUAUACAAGCCACCUUGUGAGCAAGCAGACUCAAAUGCCACCAUUUUUGGAAAAUCUGCUGCUGGGGCCAAAGUAGCUUCCGUUGAUGCUGACAGCUUUGAUAACGACAACCAUUUAUAUCUCUCUGCAAGGUUAAAUCACAUCCACUCACCAGAGCCUGGGGAUUCAACCCAGGCUGCACUUGGCUUUGUGGAUCAGUAUUUGUCAUUGAAUGAUGUGGAUUUGUUUCAAGGAAUUCAUCGUAGAAAGACCACCAGGGAGAAAUCACCUCAUGUCCUGAGUGCAAAAGGACCACUAAAUCUGGCUAAGAAAAUUAAAGUUCAAACUCAAAAUGAAGAAAAAGAACCUUUCAAAUGGGUUGACAGUGAACAAAAUGACGACAAAGCUGGUUUGUUUGGUAAAAAAAUUAAAGCACCUCCAAACUUUGGAAGCUACAAACAGACAUAUACACGAAGAAGACAGAAAAAAGGUGGUCAUCUUCAGAGCCAAGGAAACUGCAGUGCAAGCAGUAGAUGUGAUGAGACUUUAGGCCAAGGACCAAGAAUGGCAACUGAAAAUAAUAACUCUAUCAAUGAGUUGGAUGUUCAGUCAAGUGCUAUGAGAGAGAACUUUAAUGUUUAUUCCAGUGUAACACAUAUAGGAGACAUGUCUGAUAUUGGUUUAGACACUCAAAUAGCUGCUGAAGCUAUGAAUGCCUUAGCCUUUUUGCACCCUUCUGGCUGUCAUUUCAAUGAUACUCACCUACCAGAGAAUGCAUCUGAUGGCUCUUUAAGUGAUUUCAUAGAGAAUGAAGGUCUUCUGAAAAAUUCUUCAUAUAGACAGAAUCCUGGUUUACAUUCUGUCACAAUAGAGUCAAAUAAGAAAAAUGCAUCUUCCUCUAGAUUUAGUAAUAUAACUUCUAGCUCAUCUUGCAAACACACUGACAAGCAGGAGCCAAAUCUUGUCUCAGAAAAAAUGAAAAAACUUAUGAAAAGCAAGUUAACUGCUGAGGGACAGUUUGAAAAUAAUACUAGUUUGCCAAUAUGCAGUAAACAUGCAUCACUUGAAGAGGAUCACUCACUAGGAGCGCAUGUAAGUUUUCAGUCUACUACAAAGGAAUGCACAAAUUGGAACAAUGAGAGCAGACAGACAUGGAUCAAAGAUCAACCAAGCUAUCCUACAGAGAGGAAGAAUAAUGUCAAGGAUAAGAGUAUUAUUAGACACAAGAGGAAGGGGAAUGGUUUAGUAGCAUCUGAUCCAGUGAAGUUGGGUGUUGGGACAAAGCGUCUUAAAUUGCCUACCAAUUUGUGUGCAAUUGCUAGGAAGAGCGGGUUGAAUCAUCAGGCUCAAGUUAGUCCACAAUUAUCUGCAACCAGCACUCUUUUAAGGAUUGACUCUUUCUUUUAUCCAAAAAGACCAAGAGGGAAACGAAAGGGGCCUAGUGUGCAAAUCAAUCUCAAUGCACCUACAGAUUUGUGCAUUGAUGAAAAAGAAAGCAAUGCCUUCUCCAUUGGAAGUCUGGAAGACCAAGAUGAUGUGGAUAAAUCAUGUUUUCCUCACAACCACCCACUUUGCAAUGCUUCAUGUGUUGACAAUGGCAGAUGCAUGUUACUGGGGAACUCUGUUCAACCAGGCCCAGCUAGUGAUGCAAUGAAAUUUGAAAACCUGCUUGAUAUGCAUCCUUUAUUGCUGGCACAUGUUGAAAUAUCAUCAAACAAGAGUGUUGCACAAUCGAGAUCAGAAAUUCCAGCUACAGUUGCCCCAAGCAAAGGCAUAAAUAUUUCAAAUGCUAACCAUACUUACACUGGGCACCACAAAAAGCCAUGUGACAAAAACCUGCCAAAGACUUCGCUUUUGAAGGAGCUUAUCAGAAUAGGAGGCCCUGACUCCACUUCAGAUAUGAUGUGGAAAGAUCUUAGACACCGGAGAGAUAUGACAGAUGUUAGAAUUCUGUUUAGCCAACAUUUGCAUGACAGUAUCAUCAAGCAGCAAAAAAAGAUCUUGGCACGUCUCAAUAUAUCUGUUGCAGCAAGCUCAAUGGAGGCCACACAUUUCGUAGCAGACAAAUUUACACGCACAAAGAAUAUGUUGGAAACAAUGGCCCUUGGGAAAUUAGUCGUGACACACUUAUGGCUUGAGAGCUGUGGACAAGCCAAUUGCUUUAUUGAUGAGAAAAAUUACAUUUUGAGGGAUACAAAAAAGGAAAAGGAAAUAGGCUUUAGCAUGCCUGUUUCUCUUGCACAAGCAAGACAGAAGCCACUCCUAGAGGGUAAAAGAGUCUACAUCACGCCACAUGUUAAACCUGAUAAGGAAGUGAUUACAAGUUUGGUCACUGCUGUUCAUGGACAGGUAGUGGAUGAAAGUCAGAUAUGUUCACACAAGAAUGAUAAUACCUUAGAUGAUUUGUUGAUUAUUUCUUGUGAAGAUGACUAUGCGAUAUGCCACCAUUUCCUUGAGAGAGGAACUUCUGUUUACAGUUCAGAGCUUGUUCUAAAUGGAAUCGUAAUCCAAAAAUUGGAACUUGAGAGACAUCAACUCUUCAUGAAUCAAGUUACAAGGAAUAACCCAAGUACGUGUAAACGGUAUGGGAAGGUUUACAGUAGGCGUUGAGGCCCUUUUCUGGACCGUGGCUGAUUUUUGA